CCGACUGCCUCCUAGUUCCUUGCUCUGUAGCUCCACCUUCACCAGAUCUUGGAAUGGACCCCAACUGUGCCUGCUCCACUGGCAGCUCCUGCACCUGCUCUAGCUCCUGUGGCUGCAAAAACUGCAAGUGCACCUCCUGCAAGAAGAGCUGCUGCUCCUGCUGCCCUGUGGGCUGCUCCAAGUGUGCCCAGGGCUGUGUCUGCAAAGGGGCUUCUGACAAGUGCACGUGCUGUGCCUGAUGGGAGGACAGAGGACAGCGAAGCUCCGAGGUGCAAACAGUGUGGACCAACCCGGAGUUUCUCAGACAGUGCUACACUGAUAACUAAACCUCAUUUUUCUGUGAAAUAUGUGAAUAAACAGCCAA